AAUGCGGAUUGAGGGGGUUGGUGCCAAUACCGACACCUUACCAAUUGCCAAGUUCCAACAACAGCACCACCCGCUCCCUCUCUCUCUAUAAAAUCUAACCUACUCCCACCUCUCAAGAUCUCACUUCUCAAGAAACAAAAAAAAAGAGUCACUUCUUUCUCUUCUCUUCCCUCGCUUUGUACUCUGUUCCUGCUUCAAUAAUAAAUAAUGGCAUCAUACGAAGGAAUUCUUUUGGGCAUGGGUAACCCACUUCUCGACAUUUCUGCUGUUGUUGAUGAAGAUUUCCUUAAUAAAUAUGAAAUCAAGCUUAACAAUGCUAUCCUUGCUGAAGACAAGCACUUGCCAAUGUACGAAGAAAUGGCUAACAACUCCAAUGUAGAAUAUAUUGCUGGAGGUGCUACACAAAACUCAAUAAAAGUUGCUCAGUGGAUGCUUCAAAUUCCUGGUGCAACAAGUUAUAUGGGCUGCAUUGGGAAGGAUAAGUUUGGGGAGGAGAUGACAAAAAACUCAAAGAAAGCCGGUGUCAAUGUACAUUAUUAUGAGGAUGAAACUGCUCCUACAGGGACCUGUGGCGUUUGCGUUGUUGGUGGUGAGAGGUCACUAGUUGCAAAUUUGUCAGCAGCAAACUGUUACAAAUCUGAGCAUUUGAAGAGACCAGAAAAUUGGGCACUAGUUGAGAAAGCAAAAUAUUUCUAUAUUGCCGGGUUUUUCCUUACUGUCUCUCCUGAGUCCAUUCAGCUUGUUGCUGAACACGCAGCUGCAAACAACAAGAUCUUCACAAUGAAUCUUUCAGCUCCAUUCAUCUGUGAGUUCUUUAAGGACGCCCAGGAGAAAGUUCUACCAUACAUGGACUAUGUCUUUGGGAAUGAGACAGAAGCUAGAACCUUCGCCAAGGUUCAUGGAUGGGAGACUGAUAACGUUGAGGAGAUUGCUAAAAAGAUCUCCCAGUGGCCCAAGGCAUCAGGGACUCAUAAGAGAAUUACUGUCAUUACUCAAGGUGCUGAUCCUGUUGUGGUUGCUGAGGAUGGGAAGGUGAAAUUAUUCCCUGUGAUCUUGUUGCCAAAGGAGAAGCUGGUUGAUACCAAUGGAGCAGGGGAUGCUUUUGUCGGUGGAUUUCUGUCACAGCUAGUCCAAGAGAAGCCCAUUGAGGAGUGCGUGAGAGCUGGAUGCUAUGCAGCAAAUGUGAUCAUCCAAAGGUCAGGCUGCACAUACCCAGAGAAGCCAGACUUCAGUUAGGUUGAUGUCCGCUCCUACCCUCUUUAGUUUUAUAAUUUGUUUGAAGAGCAUGGUCCCUUUCAAAACUCUAUCGUGGCGGCCAACAUUAUUUGCUCCGGAACCCAUAUAGUUUGGCAGAGGAGUUUGCUUGUUUUAAUAUUGUGUUUGUAUGUGGUAAGGAUCCAUCCUUGUUCGCUCCAUGGAUGAGGAUAUCUAUAUGCCCAUGAUCCACCAUAACAGUUUUUCAUAUUCAUAUCUGAAUGGUGACCGGUUUUGGUUCA